UAUGCGAGCAAGUGUGUGGGGCGGAGGCGCCGGCCGCCUGUGGUACUACGACCAGCGCGGGCCGGAGGGGGCGGGGGGAUGCGCCGCGGCGGCGGCGGCGGCUCGGGCGCUGGGCUGGUGUUCGGAGGCGCCAGAGCAGCGGGUCUUGGUCUCGCUGCCGCAGCAGCGCGGGUGUCGCGCGCGGCCGGAGACGCCGCACCGCUCUGCCCCUCACUUUUUUUUCUUCCAUAACCGGAACCAAUGCACGCCGCCGGGACCCGGGCUCCGCAGGCCGCCGGUGCCGAGGAGACCAGGCUGGCGUCCGCCGGGAGCUGGAGUCUGAGGCGGCGGGGGCGGCCCGAGGAGUCGCAGGCGGCGGCUUCGCGAGGACGGAGCGAGUGGCCGGCGGUCGAGGCGCCGCCGCGAUGGCUCUCCGCUCCUCCUCCGCGCCCUCAUCCCGGCCCGGCCUCGGGCUGGCUGCGGCGGCGGCGCUGGGCUGCGCUGCUGGUGCUCGGGCUGCUGGUGGCCGGCGCGGCGGACGGAUGCGAGCUGGUGCCCAGGAACCUCCGUGGGAGGCGCGCGUCGAGCUCUGCCGCGGCCGCCGCCUCCUCCCCCGCCUCGGCUGCGGGCGACAGCCCGGCGCUCAUGACAGAUCCCUGCCUGUCAUUGAGUCCACCAUGCUUCACAGAAGAAGAUAGAUUUAGUCUGGAAGCUCUUCAAACAAUACACAAACAAAUGGAUGAUGACAAAGAUGGUGGAAUUGAAGUAGAUGAAAGUGAUGAAUUUAUCAGAGAAGAUAUGAAAUAUAAAGAUGCUACUAAAAAACACAGCCAUCUGCACAGAGAAGAUAAACAUAUAACUGUUGAGGAUUUAUGGAAACGAUGGAAAACAUCAGAAGUUCAUAAUUGGACCCUUGAGGACACACUUCAGUGGUUGAUAGAAUUUGUAGAACUACCCCAGUAUGAAAAGAACUUUAGAGACAAUAAUGUCAAAGGAACAACGCUUCCCAGGAUAGCAGUACAUGAACCUUCAUUUAUGAUAUCUCAGUUGAAAAUCAGCGACCGGAGUCACAGACAAAAACUUCAGCUCAAGGCACUGGAUGUGGUUUUGUUUGGACCUCUAACACGCCCUGCUCAUAACUGGAUGAAGGAUUUUAUCCUCAUAGUUUCUAUAGUAAUUGGUGUUGGAGGUUGCUGGUUUGCUUACACGCAGAAUAAAACAUCAAAAGAACAUGUUGCAAAAAUGAUGAAAGACUUAGAGAGCCUGCAAACUGCAGAGCAAAGUCUAAUGGACUUACAAGAGAGACUUGAGAAGGCACAGGAAGAAAACAGAAAUGUUGCUGUAGAAAAGCAAAACCUAGAGCGCAAAAUGAUGGAUGAAAUCAAUUUCGCGAAGGAAGAGGCUUGCCGGCUGAAGGAGCUGAGGGAGGGAGCUGAAAGUGAAUUGAGUAGACGUCAAUAUGCAGAGCAGGAAUUGGAACAGGUUCGAAUGGCUUUAAAAAAGGCUGAAAAAGAAUUUGAACUCAGAAGCAGCUGGUCUGUUCCAGAUGCACUUCAAAAAUGGCUUCAGUUGACACAUGAAGUAGAAGUACAGUACUACAAUAUUAAAAGACAGAAUGCUGAAAUGCAAUUAGCUAUUGCUAAGGAUGAGGUUGCUGCUUCAUAUCUGAUUCAGGCAGAGAAAAUUAAAAAGAAGAGAAGCACAGUCUUCGGGACUCUGCAUGUUGCACACAGCUCCUCCCUAGAUGAGGUAGACCACAAAAUUCUGGAAGCAAAGAAAGCUCUCUCCGAGCUGACAACUUGUUUACGAGAACGACUAUUUCGCUGGCAACAGAUUGAGAAGAUCUGUGGCUUCCAGAUAGCCCAUAACUCGGGGCUCCCCAGCCUGACCUCUUCCCUUUAUUCAGACCACAGUUGGGUGGUGAUGCCCAGAGUCUCCAUUCCACCCUAUCCAAUCGCUGGAGGAGUUGACGACUUAGAUGAAGAUACACCUCCCAUAGUGUCACAGUUUCCUGGGGCCGUGGCUAAACCUGCUGGGUCGUUAGCCAGAAGCAGUAGCUUGUGCCGCUCUCGUCGCAGCAUCGUGCCGUCCUCACCACAGGCCCAGCGCACUCAGCUCCCUGCCCAUGCUCCGCACCCGCCACACCCGCGGCACGCCCACCAUCCCCAGCACACCCAGCACUCAUUGGCCUCCCCUGAUCCAGACAUCCUCUCAGUGUCAAGUUGCCCUGCUCUUUAUAGGAGCGAAGAGGAGGAGGAGGCCAUUUACUUCUCUGCUGAGAAGCAAUGGGAAGUACCAGACACAGCUUCAGAAUGUGACUCCUUAAAUUCUUCCAUUGGAAGGAAGCAGUCUCCUCCUUCAAGCCUUGAGAUGUACCAAACAUUGUCUCCUCGAAAGAUAUCAAAAGAUGAGCUUUCUCUAGAGGAUUCGUCCAGAGGAGACUCGCCCAUAACUGCAGAUCUCUCCCGGGGUUCUCCUGAUUGUGUAGGGCUGACAGAAACGAAGAGCAUGAUCUUCAGUCCUGCAAGCAAAGUGUACAACGGCAUCUUGGAGAAAUCAUGUAGCAUGAACCAGCUUUCUAGUGGCAUCCCGGUGCCUAAAGCUCGCCACACAUCCUGUUCCUCAGGUGGCAACAACAGUAAACCAGUGCAGGAAGCCCCGAAUGUUGCCAGGAUAAGCAGCAUCCCACAUGACCUCUGUCAUAAUGGAGAGAAGAGCAAAAAGCCAUCAAAACUCAAAAGCCUUUUUAAGAAGAAAUCCAAGUGAACUGGCUGACUUGAUGGAAUUCCAUUCAAGUGGCAUCUUUAAACUUUUAUCUCCGCCCCCCCGCCACCCCCUUCUUUUUUUGUUUGUUUUAAUUUUAGGAAUGUAACUCCAUUGGGGCUUUCCAGACUGGAUGCCAUAGUGGGAUGUCCUUAAGGGCAACUGUCUACUGUCUGCUUAUUUAAAUGACUAUAUAAUCAAUUCAUCAAGCCAGUUAUUUCUGAAAAAUUAUUAAGAGAUGAGACAGUUUACAGUCAUUUCUGCCUAUUUAUUUCUGCUUUGUUAGUGAUGUAUAUACAACAUUGAUUGUAAGCCACUGUGGACUUACGAGCGUUAAUGGACUGGUGAGCCAGCAUGGGCUUGCAAAAAUUUCUUGUUUACCAGAGCAUCUUCUUAUCUUUCCACAGAGCUAUUUACAUCCUGGACUAAAUAACUUACAAGAAUUAAAACUAAUUGCACUACUGUUUUCCAGACUGGAAAAAAGAAAUCUCUGCAAGUGAAACUGUAUAAAGUUUAUAAAAUGACUGGAUAGGGGACUGUUUUCACUUUUAGAUCAAAUGGGUUUUUAAGUAGAACCUAGGGUUUCUAAUUGACUUGAUUUCUGGAAAUGAAAACCCAUGCUUUUAUUAUGGGAAGCUUCUAUAAAUGCAUUUAAUAUUAUAAAGUUUUGAGUCCUGCUGUAAAGAUCAUGUUGUUUUGUUUUUCCCAGGGCUUUCACUGUGAUUUACUGCAUUGCAGGCUGUAUGAUAAAAUAUACAUAAUUUAAAGAGAGAAGGCUCUUUAUUCCUUAUGCAAGCGGAAGAGUUCAAACUUGAUCAGAGGACUUAAAACAUUCACAAACUUAAACUGAGGUGGGGGGAUGUGGGGAUUCAGACAUUUGUUUACAGACUUUGAAUAACCGCAAAGGAUUUAUGGUUUGUGAGAAAUUUGUACUGUGGAAAAGAUAAUAAAUCGGAGACAUUA